UAUAUAUUGUAUCAGAGAAGCUAUAAUUGAUACGUAAAAUCUCUUCCUUCCGUUCCGAUUUAACCAAAACAAAAUCUCUCUUCUGCUCCCCGUCGUCUCCAACAUGGAAGUCGAAAACCAAGUAAACACCAUCGAUGUCUGCCAAGUUACUCCUUACUUCGACUCAUCGGAGUCAGCUACCGAGUUAUCUCUUCCGCUAACCUUCUACGACAUUAUGUGGUUGAAAUUUCCUCCAGUUGAACGCAUAUUUUUCUAUAAACUCACUGAGUCAACUCCAACUUUCUUCAAUUCAGUGAUCCUUCCCAAACUCAAACACUCUCUUUCUCAUACACUCCUUCACUUCCUUCCUCUUGCCGGCAACAUUAUCUGGCCUCCACAAGCCAACAAACCCAUCAUCCUAUACACUCCAGACGAUGGUGUUCAGCUCACAAUUGCUGAGUCCAAUGCUGACUUUCAUCUCCUCUCGGGAAAUGAAGUCCAUGAAGCUGCAGAUUCUCGUCCUUAUAUACCCGAGUUGCCGGUCACUGACUCAAAGGCAUCCGUUAUAGCUUUGAAAAUAACCUUAUUUCCUAAUCACGGCUUUUGCAUUGGCAUCUCUGCCCACCAUUCAGCCCUUGAUGGCAAAAGCUCGACCAUGUUUAUCAAAGCAUGGGCUCACUUCUGCAAACUCGGUGAUGAAAACAAACGACAGUAUCCAGCUUUGCUGACAGAACUAACACCUGUUUUUGACCGAAUAGCUAUACAAGACCCUGAAGGGUUGGACAUGGUGUAUUUGAACAACUGGUUAGAAUUAAAAUGGCCUGGUGUGGAUCUCAACCCAAGAAGCUUACAACUUUUGCCAGUUAUAGCAGUUCGAUCUAGCUCAGUACGAGCAACGUUCGAGUUAUCUCGUGAAGACAUAAAGAAACUCAGGGAGAGGGUGCUUGCUAAUUUAGUAAAGGAAGGUUCAAAAGAAACACACCCAAUCCAUUUAUCUCCCUUUGUGCUUGUAUUAGCUCACGGAUUUGUAUGUAUAGUUAAGGCAAGAGGGUUUGAAAGUAACAGAAGGGUUCUUAUUGGAUUUGCAGUAGAUUGUAGAGCCCGUUUGGACCCUCCAAUACAUGAGAACUAUUUUGGUUCAUGUGUCAGUUCAUGUGCUGCGUUUACAGAAGCAGAAUCUCUUUUAGAGGAGAAUGGAUUUAUGCAUGUAGCAGAAAUGCUAAGUGAGCUUAUCAAAAGCUUAGAGAAAGGAGUCCUUGAUGGAGCAAAGGAGAAGACGGCAAGCUUCAUGAAAGAAGCGGCAGGUGGUGCAGCAAUACUUGGGGUUGCUGGGUCAAACCGAUUUGAGGUUUAUGGAACUGAUUUUGGGUGGGGGAAACCAGAGAAGGUGGAGAUAACUUCCAUAGAAAGGACAGGAGCAAUUUCUCUAGCGGAGAGCAAGGAUGGAAAUGGCGGAGUCGAGAUUGGUAUAGUUUUGGAGAAGCAUGAGAUGGAAAAAUUCACUUCUUUAUUUGUUGAUGACCUUAAGAAUCAUUAUUAGUUCUUUCUUUAUUCUAUCUGUGUCCAGUUUCAAUCAUUGUUAACUUUCACCACAAAUAAAAUACAAUUUGUUUGUUUUUCCAA